AUGGAGCUGCCCUAUCAACCAGUCUAUGUGAUGAUCCCAUCAUCCAAUGAAUCAAUUGAGAGCGAGCGUCUUCUUCUUCGACCGAUUUGUGACUCUGACGCUGCCGCCCUGUUAGCUAUUCGUGGGCGACCUGAAGUAGCCAAGACAAACUACCCCAAGGAGCCUUUCAAGUCCAUUGAGCAUACCCGUGAAUGGAUGGCAAGCAAGGUCUUUCUCAAGGGUCCAGAAGACAUCAUUGGGCGCUCCUUUAACUUUGCAAUUCUCGAUAAAUCGAUCCCGCCAUCAGAGGAGCAGCUAGUGGGAUACGUCAGUGUGAACACCCUUGAACCAUGCCCUGAAAUCGGGUACUCUCUUCUUCCAGAGUCAUGGGGCAAGGGUUAUGCCACGGAAGCAUUACGAAUGCUGUUGAAAAAGUGGUGGGAUCUCCCAAGAAGGAACAGGGUUGAAGAUAACGCGGCCGAAGAGAAAAUCUACGCUAUUUGUGAGAAGCAGAAUAUCGGGAGCACGGCGGUCCUCCGCAAAUGUGGUUUCGAAAUCGUUUCAGAUUUUUGUUUUGGGUCAGAUGAGUUAUUCAUAUGGGCUUUGAAGAAGCCAUAA